AGCGGCGCCAGCGAGCAAACCCUUCUCGUCGGCCCAAGCGGAAGAAGGAGGCGCCGGCCGGAAGGCGUGCGGCGCCGGCGGCGCGGCGGCGGCGCGGGCGGCGGCGCGGGCGCGGCGCGGCGGCGCGGUCGCGCGGGCGCGCUGCCGGCGCGGAGGCGUACAGCUAGACUCAUUAUGAGAUUGCCAAUCUUUGCACCCGUCCGGCCCUGGCGACCGCCGCCCGCGGGCGACACGGAGCGCAAGCGCAAGAAGGCGCGCACCACCUUCACGGGCCGCCAGAUCUUCGAGCUGGAGAAGCAGUUCGAGCUGAAGAAGUACCUGUCGUCGUCGGAGCGGGCGGAAAUGGCCAAGCUCUUGAACGUCACCGAGACCCAGGUUAAAAUUUGGUUUCAGAAUAGAAGAACAAAAUGGAAAAAACAAGAUAACAUCAGCAAUGCUGAGGCAGCAGAACACAAGAACCAAAGUACUGGGAAGCAUGAAACAGGAGGAAGUGGUGGUAAUAAAAAUAAAGAAGGCAGCAAAUCAGUAAUAAUGAGUCAAGGAACAAACAAUGCUCCUGUUACUCCGACAAAAUGUCUUACUUCUCUUCCUUCAGUCCAGCUUUCAACUACAGGAAUCACAGCUCCCCCGACUCCUGUCCCAAAAUCAAAUCUUGAAAAUACAAAAGUUCGUGUAUUAAAAGUUCCAUCUAGUGUUGAAUCUGGUGACAUAACAAAUCCCAGGACAGCUGCAAUGCAGACUAUUAUGUCUUCACCACCAAUUGCUGUUAGUAUUCCAGCUCCUAUCAUUCCUGUAGGAUCGCCAAGCAGUGGUGAUGAGCAUUCCAAUGCAUCGCUCUUUACAGCUGAUGGAUCUUUGUCUGAAAGUUGUUUCUCAGAAUCUGAUUCCAUUCGGCAGCAAACACCUUCAACGGUUCCAAGUGUAACUGUGAAAAUGGCAAGCGAUUCAAGUCACAAGUCACGGUCAUUAAGCACUUCUCCUGUGUCAUUGGAUUCAAAAAUGUCCCUUGGCACUUUACUUGUGAGUAAGUCUUCUACUACAUCAGGUCCAACUUGUCAUUCUGCACCAAGUCCAACAUUGUCUCAGGCAGAAAGGGAGGAUGAGCCCGUCUCGCCCUCCAGCUAACUACUAACAGAAUCUGCCACUCUAUGCCUUUCACAGCUUCACUAUUUGUCUGCCGAACUAAAGUAAUGAAAGAGGAUUGACUAAUGCAGUUGUAUGUUUGGCCAAUAUUAUUCCAAAAUGGAACAGCAUCUCCAAAAUAGUAGCAGUUAGGAUGAAAAAACUAAAUAUUAUAUUUACAAUUCAAGAUUGUUGCAGUGACUUUUGAAAUAUGUCUUAAGUUGUGUAUGGAAUACAAGUAGUAUUCUUCAAUUUAAUUAUACUGUGAUGCUAUUUCAUAAAAAAUGUAUAAGUCUAGUGUCAUAUAGUUCAGAAUCAUUAAAAAAUUAUUGCUAUCAACAUAUACAUUUACAUUUGCAGUGGCAAAUGUUAUUAAAAAUACAAACUAAUAACAUGAGAUCUGAAAUAAUGAGAAACUGGAUAAUCUGAACAUGUAUAAUAUGUCUUUCCUUGUGCUGUCAGUAUCAUUCCAUUUGCUGUACAUUAUUUUCCAUGACCCUAUUUCUUUAAUUCACUUGUUCAUUGAAUUCUUUUAUAAUUGUUUAUUUCUCAAGAUUGGACUGAUGUUAUUUAAAGUUUAAAUGUAGAAAUUCAAAGUAACAUCUCCAGUUUCUCAUGCUUGCUUUUAUCUUCUGUGCUAGUUCUACAAUAACAGAGCAGGAACUACUGUGUAGUGACCAUAUUUCUUCUACAUAGCAUUAAGAAUGUCUUUAGUCUGUGUGUGAAAUUACCUUAGUAUUUUUGAAGUCUCUUUUUAAGAAUACAUAAUUGGUAUGUAUAUUAAUUCUCAGAAACAGGUUACUUGUGUUGUGUGUUUCCUGCAGGUCACAGAGUAGUGUAAUGUGACGUUCUCAUGAAGUGAAACAAAGAAAUGGACUUGGAAAUGAGAGUGUUAUUGUUUACUUCUUUUUAUUAUUCUUGAAUUUUACAGUAUCAUUUUUCUUUAAUGUUUGAAACUGUUGUGAAAUUAUUGGGUAGGUUAUGAAUUUUUGAACUGUUGCCAUGAAUAAUGGAAUUUUAAAUUAUUAAUUGUGUGUGUGUCCUGUAUUUGUUUAGAAACCCACGAAGCAAAUUUUAGUGAUCAUCACAAAGAAAAUUGCUUUUGUGAACAUUUGAUACAUUUUUGAAGAAAAAAAAAGUGCCAAUAAUAAUUUUGUAUUUCUCUUUUCUUUUCUUACAUUGUAAACAUAUCAAUGUCUCCCAAUUAAUCUUACACUUAUUUUUUCCAUCAAACAUACACAAAUCAUGUGGUUAGAAGAAUCUAUGUAUUGAAAAAUCAUUUCAAAAGAGAACAAAACAAUAUUUUCAUAUAGUACAAAUAAAAUUUUUAAAAUAUUUAUUUAAUAAACUGUUUUGAAGAUGAAUUAUGUCUGUAAGAUUUACUGAAUCAUUCACAAACAUCAAAGAAAUUUGGAUGGGAAUGUCACUGCCAUAACUAUGUGUAAAAAUGUAUUCUACAAGAUAUACUAGAAAGAAGUGACAGAAAACAAAAUUAUGCAAUACUGAAGAAUUGAUUUUAUUACUUUGUUGAAAAACUACCCUGAAAAGCCAAACUCAAUAAUUUAGAAUAAACAUUUUCCCAUCUUCCAUUCAAUUAAAUAUCAAUACACAUUAAAAAUUGAAGAUGUACUAUGCUACAGUGCCUGUUUUGUUAUGUACACAUACCAUUUACUCCGAUUUUAAAUUCUGUGGUUGUCAAUAUUUUGUUGUUUGGGGAUUUGGUUUUGCAUAUAAAAUCACCGAAGGUUAUAAAAAACAUCCAUUUAGAAGAAGUCCUCAAACUGAGGAAACGAUUAUUAUAAAGAAAUGGAGGUAAUGACUAUGGAGCACCAACAAUUUAAUUGAAAUACUUUGAAACUUAUGAGUACAACAAAACUACUCUUGCUUGAAAAUGCCAGGAACGAAAUAUAUUUCAAUGAUUUGAUUUAUCAUUCAAAAGGUUGAAAAUUACUUCAUUUCUAUACCAUGUUUAUCUUUAGUUUAAUGUUUAGUGGUACAUAAUACAUAUAUCUGUAUCUUUGUGCUGACAGAAUAAUUAGUAGUUUCCGUAUUAUUACAGAGAAGAAGUACAGACAAAUAGAAAUUGAUUAUGAUAGGUACCUGUUUUUGUAUGAAUUAGCCAGUGUUUUUUUUUUUUAUUAAUAUUAUUUUUUUUUAAUUUUAAUUUUUAUUUUGUGCAUCUUGUGAGAUUCAUGGUCUUGAGUACACAAUGCAAAAUGUGAUGCCAUCAGUUUCUAAACAGUACAAAAUUUGUAAAUACAUAUCAAAACAAAUAGGCAUUUUUGUUGAAGAUUCAGAACAAAUUAGGUACAAACCAAAAUAUUUUCAUUAUUGUAUAAAAUGAUAACAAAAUCAUUGGUUUAGGUACAUUUUUGUUAAUCUCUUUGAAUUCUGAAUGGUUUAGUGAAAUAUCAAUGAGUUUUAUAUGAAAGAUGGUCCAGUAAAAUUUAACUACACAGCUGUUCAUAUUACAGUAUUCAUUAUUCGUUAAGUAAUUGACAAAAAUUGAAAAUCAACUUUUCUAUCUUCUGCGUUUGUAAUACCUACAGUACGACAUAAUGGGUAUUCCAUUUCAACUGAACAUACCUAUGUACUGCUUUUUCAAAUCAAAUAAGGGAAGCAUCAAUUUAUUAUUUUAAUUGUUGCCCUUUAGAACAGAGAACAUAAUUUUUUCUGUUGUGUAAAUAUUUUUAGAUCACGUAUUUUGUUCUACUGUUUACUCUUUAUAAUGAAGUUUGAGGUAAGACCUACAUAAACACAAUCAAAACCAUAAAAUAUGCCAACUUUGACCCCAGUAACUUCCUGAUUUUGGGCAUUAUUAUAAAGUCUAUAGUGGAAUAAGAUGGUGACAUAAUACUUCCAAACAUAUUGAAUCAACUCUGAGUGGAAUGUUUGGAACCAAAACAAAAUAACAUUUCCAAAUUUUUAGCCCACUACCCCCAACCUGCUCCUAUUUUAUAAAAAAGGUCCUUCCUUAAUUUGUUUUCCCUACACAAGACGGUAAAAGUAUUAACAUCUAAAAUAAUUGAUAAUUAAUUCAUAAUAUAAUAAAUAAUUACAUUUUUGCUGCAAUCUUAAAUUUUCAAGCUAUCUAAGCACAAAAAUAUCAAAAUAUUUUUGACAAUAAAUUUCAGAGAUGCAACCUCAUUAAUCAUACUUCAUAUGAUUGCAAAUUGAAAUUUUGUAUAAGUUUUUUAGUAAUACACAACACUUUAAUUUGUGACACUACAGCACAUACUUAUUUGCAUUAUUUCUUACAUAAUAUUACAAUAUUAGUGCAAAAGUGAUUCCAACUUGUAAAAAUAUUUGUAUAGACUGGGUUUUGAACUCAAGCAUUUUGAUUUUGCAAGUGAGCUUUAAUAGGCCACCUUACAGAUAGUGUUUGCAUAACACUCCCAACACAUCAAAAUAGAAAAUUGAAUUUUAAAACUAUUAAAGGUUUUAAACGAAAAUCAGACCAAUGCCAGGUUAUUGUUCAAAUGUUGUUGUGUUCUGUUAUCUCCAAAAAAAAAA